CUACAAAUUUGAUCGUUUUACCACUACAUAUGUGCAAUGGCACUAUUUUUAUAUUUUCGGAGCAGAUAAUUCGUAUCAAAUUCUACAUCGAUAAAUAUCAUCUGUUCUUGGAAUUUGUAAUGUUAAAUAACCUUUUUUGCAUGAUAUAGAUACAGGAGAGUCCCCUGAACAUUUCCGUACCUUCAAAAUAUAUUUUUAACCCUAACAUUACCAUAUUUUAGUUGACUAAUAAUGAAGAAAAAAUAUAUACAUAUAUCUACGUACGUAGAUGUGUAAUUAUGUAUCCCAUAAUGUUUGGUUUUAAGCAUACCAGAUAAUUGAAAUGCAACUGUGUACUGAGUACGUACGAAAGUUUAGAGUAUCUUUUUCAUACGAAUAAUGCACAAAAGUGUAUUUAUUACUGAAAAAAUAAAGAUUAUUGAAUAUUUGUUACCGAAGAAUCUCCCGUGACAUCCUUAGUCACUAGAGAGAGUGAGAGAGAGAGAGAGAGAGAAAGAGGGAGAGCUCGUGUCUGAUGUAUGUACAUAAACAUAAUGUAGAUUAAUGGAACUGUGGAACUACGAAAAUGUAUAUGUAAUAAGGAGGUUAAACAUAUGUUAAGGAUCACAUGAAAAAGUACUUGUACAUAUCCUGUACUACGAGAUAAACAUUUUCUUGUGAUUCAAAAUAUCUGUAUGCAGAAGUGGAUCUUAUUGUUAACAAACUAUACAAUACUUUUGAUGUACAUAGACAUGUAAUAGGGUGCCAUUGUUUGCUUAAAUGUUACAUACAAAAGUUUAAGCAAUAAUGGAUGUGAGUUUACUAUUUAAAGCCAGCGUGAAGACGGUAAGUCUUCGUAAUAAGGAUCUAGGAAUUGUAACUAAUACUUCGAACAUAAAGAAAACGAAGACCAGAAGUAUUUUUUUCGUAAAAGCUCAAACAGUUGUUGUACAAAUUUCAAAAUUACGUCAAUUUCUAUUAGAGAACCGUAAGGCUUAUCUGAAUUUCUCAAACUAUUUAUCUUAUUUACCAAGUGUGUCCGAUGCAGAUAGAGAUGAAAUAGAUAUUGGAGCACAAAAAAUAAUGACCACCUGUUCGCAGUUAAUCAAAGAAUUGAAAAGAGAAGUGGCAGACUCUGUAGUUUCUCAUCAGAAUUUGGAGCAUAGAGAAAUAAUGUUGCUUUUAAUUGAGGAUUAUCUGAAGAAUGUAUGUAAGAUUUAUUCAGAACAAAAAGCUAUACGCGUUAAAAGAACAAUGGAAAUAAGGAAAAUUGCAAAAUUAGAAUUAGAGACAAAGCCUACAAAGCAGUUACAACUUGAAACAAAAAGAUUAAGUUUGAAUGCAAAUGAAAAGUUAGAAGAGAGAGAAGGUAGACUCAGUUUAAGUGACUCUAAUCCUCUGAAGAUUCAAGAAAUAAAUGGAGAUGUUAAUUCUUUAAUAUAUGAAGAAGAAUUAUCGCCUGAAGAUAUUCAAGUAUUUGAAGCAGAAAAUGAACAAUUGUACAAUGAACUCAAUACGAUUACUGAAGAGGUAAAGCAAAUAGAAAGUAAAGUGGUACAUAUUGCUGAACUUCAAGAAAUAUUUACAGAAAAAGUAUUGGAUCAAGAUAAAGACUUGGAUCGGCUAAUGACCACGGUUGUUGGAUCCACAGAAAAUGUUAGAGAAGCUAAUGAACAAAUCAGACAGGCUAUUCAACGAAAUGCAGGACUUCGAGUAUGGAUUCUUUUCUUCCUUCUAGUUAUGUCAUUUUCCCUAUUAUUUCUCGAUUGGUACAACCCAUAAAAUAAAUAAAUGUUUCGGUAAUUUUAUUAAAUGAUAUGUACAUACACUCAAA